AUGAAGCUAAUCGAUGUUUCUUUCUUUCUUUGUUUUGUCCAGUUUCCUGAAUGUGGCUUUUAUGGGAUCUAUGACAAGAUCCUCCUCUUCAAGCAUGACACCAACAGCAGUAACAUCCUGCAGCUGGUCAAGGCUGUGUCGGACAUCCAGGAAGGGGACCUGGUGGAAGUUGUUUUGUCGGCUGCUGCUACAUCCGAGGACUUCCAGAUUCGGCCUCACGCGUUAAACGUGCACUCGUAUCGUGCGCCGGCGUUCUGCGAUCACUGCGGCGAGAUGCUUUUCGGCCUGGUGCGUCAAGGACUCAAAUGUGAUGGCUGUGGACUGAAUUACCACAAACGCUGUGCUUUUAGUAUUCCCAAUAACUGCAGCGGGGCGAGGAAGCGGCGUUUGUCCACCACGUCCCUCACCAGCAGUCAGUCUCUGCGUCUGUCCACUGCAGAGUCCCUCAGUAGUCUCAACAGCAGUGUGACAUCUGAAGAAGCCAGUCUCAUCCGAUCGCACACCCAGAUGCCCCGCACCCCCAGUGAGGCCAGGCGCUUUUACACCGGGCGGCCCGUCCACCUGGACAAGAUCCUCAUGACUAAAGUGAAGGUCCCGCACACAUUCGCCGUUCACUCGUACACGCGUCCCACCGUGUGUCAGUACUGCAAGAGACUGCUGAGAGGACUCUUCCGCCAGGGACUCCAGUGCAAAGACUGCAAGUUCAACUGCCACAAGCGAUGUGCAUACAAGGUCCCAAAUGACUGCUUAGGGGAGACUCUUGACAUAUUAAGUCCAAGCACAGACAUGGAGGUGCCGAUGGACUUUAGUAAUGAGUAUUCUGACACUGAUAAGUCAUCUCUGAUGGACGACUCAGACGAGGCCUGCAGUAUCCCUGGGUCUUUCUCCCCAGACAACAACCAGGAUGGAGCCAGUGGAGACCAGAGUGCUAAUAUUCCUCUGAUGAGAGUAGUGCAGUCGAUCAGGCAGACCACACGUCGCUCUAGCACAGCCAUCAAGGAAGGCUGGAUGGUGCACUACAGCAACAAGGACACACUGAGGAAGAAACACUACUGGCGCCUUGACUGCAAAUGCAUCAUCCUGUUUCAAAACGACACCACCAACAAAUACUACAAGGAGAUCCCGCUCUCAGAAAUCCUGCAGGUCCGUCCGGCGGGUGAUUUCUCUCUCGUCCCUCCUGGCACAAGCCCCCAUUGCUUUGAGAUCAUGACGGGUACUAUGAUCUACUUUGUUGGUGAGGACCCCAACACCACCCCGUCCCCAUCAUCCAGUGUGUCUGGUCUGCCCAUCUCAGCCAGUCCCAGUAGUGUUGCACCAAACAGCGGGGUGGGGCGAGAGUUCGCCAAAGGAUGGGAGACUGUUAUACGUCAAGCACUCAUGCCAGUCAUCUUCCAAGACAACCCUCCAGCAGAAGGUCACACUCCUCACCGGCAGGCGUCAGUCAGCAUCUCAGUGUCUAACAGUCAGAUUCAGGAGAACGUGGACAUUGGAAUGGUGUACCAGAUCUUUGCUGAUGAGGUUCUGGGCUCUGGACAAUUUGGUGUGGUAUAUGGAGGAAAACACAGGAAAACUGGCCGGGAUGUAGCCGUGAAGGUGAUCGACAAGCUUCGGUUCCCCACCAAGCAGGAGAGCCAGCUGAGGAAUGAAGUAGCCAUAUUGCAGAGCCUGCGACAUUUGGGUAUAGUGAAUCUCGAGUGCAUGUUUGAGACGCCUGAGAAGGUGUUUGUGGUGAUGGAGAAACUUCAUGGUGACAUGCUCGAAAUGAUACUGUCAAGUGAGAAAGGACGACUUCCUGAGAGACUCACCAAGUUCCUCAUCACGCAGAUUUUGGCUGCUCUGAGGCACCUUCACUUCAAAAACAUAGUGCACUGUGACCUCAAGCCUGAGAACGUGCUAUUAGCAUCAGCGGAUCCUUUCCCACAGGUGAAACUUUGUGACUUUGGUUUUGCUCGCAUCAUCGGAGAGAAGUCUUUCCGCCGUUCGGUUGUUGGCACGCCAGCUUAUUUGGCCCCCGAGGUCCUGCUGAACCAGGGUUACAAUCGCUCUCUGGACAUGUGGUCUGUAGGUGUGAUCAUGUAUGUCAGUCUGAGUGGAACUUUCCCCUUCAACGAGGACGAAGACAUCAAUGAUCAGAUCCACAAUGCCGCCUUCAUGUACCCACCCAACCCAUGGAAACAGAUCUCUCCUGAAGCUAUCGACCUCAUCAAUAACCUGCUCCAAGUGAAGAUGAGAAAACGCUACAGUGUGGACAAGAGUCUCAGCCAUACCUAUCUACAGGAUUACCAGGCUUGGUUGGACCUCCGAGAGCUGGAGUCAAAGCUUGGGGAGCGUUACAUAACCCACGAGAGCGAUGACAGCCGCUGGCAGCAGUACGCCCGUGACCACACACUGCCCUACCCUCCUCACCUGGUGCCCCCGCCACCUGCGUCCGAUGACGACGAGCAGGAGGGUGUGGAGGACGCCGACAUGCAGGGGCUGACAGAGCGUGUUAGCAUCCUUUGAAGAAGAAACCGAGGAGGAGUGCGAGAGGAAUGAAGAGUACAUGCCCGAACUAUAGCAAUUUUCAGUGCACCACGAGCGUAGGAUGGAGGUAGUCACCUUUCGGGUGUCUUUGGCAGGCCAUCUGAACUCUGGAAUGCAGAUAUUAAGGCUGAGAAAGAACUGUUUUGGAUCCCAUCCGAGACCUUUACAGAGACAAAUUCAGACUGUUCAUCAUACGUAGGCAUUUUUUUCCCGAAAUUGACAAGUCUGUUUUAACUAAGCGCUAAUUUAAUUUGGCUGGUUUUGGGUUCGCCUCACCUAACUAGAUGUCUUUUUGAAGAUGCGGUCACAUUUACCCAUAUUCUGCAUAUUUUUGCAGGCAAAAUCCAGUCUGUUCAAUGGAAAUCCACACAAUCAUGAAUUUUAUGUGAGGACGAAAGAUUUCCCCAUGCAGAUUUCGCAACUGGUUGAAAUUGGUCACACGCAUUUGCCGCAUUUACCAACAGAAAGCUACUUGGUUUGAAAGUGAAUUCUGUGUGAAUGGAGCUUCAUUCGUCGCUAAACUACUGACAAUAGACAGUGGAAGUUUUUUGCCUGCAAAAUUUUGCUAAUGUGACCGUACCUCACCAAAAUGAAAAAGAGCCGACCGAAAGAUCUCAAUGGACAUGGUUUUAAAAUUUGGACUAUUUACAGCAUCUUAAAAACUUGUUGCAGGACAUUUAAAAAACGGUGCAAGAUGUGACACAAUGGCCAGAGACGUUCUUCUGAAUGUGUCUUUCCUGACUGUGGUGCUUUGAAGGUGAUGAAUAAAAGGCGCAAAAUGUUUUAAGAGUUUUAAUGGUCAAAACUGUCUAAAGGUGUGGUCACAUUUACCGGUGCUUCUCGAAACUUUGUGGCCAAAAUCCAGUCAUUUCAAUAUGAACCUGUGCAAUCGGGAGUUUCGUGCGAAAAAUUUCCCCAAGCAGAUUGCACUCACAUUCAAAUUGG